UGGGUAGAAAUAUUUUGGCGCUUGGAUCGAUCGAUCGAUCGAUCUGGAGUGGCGCAUUGCGCGUCGGAUCUGGAGAUCCAGGACGUGCCGAUCGUCGCGAGCAGCAGCGUCCGGCACCGAGGUACAAAUCUUGAGGAGGCUUGUGGCGGCUCCUCGGGCAGCGACGAGGAAUUUGAGGAACAGAUGAGGCGGAUGCGGCAUGAGAGCUCCCAGGAGAAAUUUGCGAAGUACAGGGGGGUCUUGUUGCUGGUAUCGAUCCCGCUGGGAUUGAUCUUGGCCGUGAUGCUGCUCAUGCCACGGUCGACGCUGGAGAAUGGCGCAGUGUCCAUCACGGAUCCUUUUGAUCGCGAGGCAUUUGGGAGCCAGUCGAGCUUCGCUGUGAUCUUUGACGCGGGGAGCUCUGGAAGUAGAGUCCAUGUCUUUCGAUUUAGUUCCGAUCUAGAGCUACUCGCCAUGGACAAUGGUCUUGAACUUUUUAGGCAGCUAAAGCCUGGAUUGAGCUACUAUGCCUCUGAUCCACGAGCAGCAGCCAACUCCUUAAAGCCACUACUGGAUGCUGCUUUGAAGGUGGUGCCAGAGAAUUUGCAAGGAAAAACUCCAGUUCGUCUCGGGGCUACAGCGGGAUUGAGAACUCUACCUGGUGGAAAAGCCAAUGAGAUUUUAGAAGAGGUUCGAGAUCUUUUAUCAAAUAGCAGCUUUAAGUUCGAUCCAUCCUGGGUUAGCAUUCUUGAUGGGGCCGACGAAGGAUCAUUUCAAUGGGUUACAAUAAACUACUUACUAGGCCGCCUUGGAAAAGACCUUUCCGAAACUGUUGGAAUUGUGGAUCUUGGGGGAGGCUCGGUGCAAAUGGCUUACGCAAUUGCUGAAGAGGACGCCGCAAAAGCUCCAAAGGCGGCAGCUGGCGAAGACGCUUAUGUCAAGACUCUGACGCUUCUCGGAAAGACAUACUAUUUGUAUGUUCACAGCUACUUGCACUAUGGCUUGCUAGCAGCUCGGGCAGAGGUGCUCCGACUUGUAAAGACCAAUGAUGAAAAUCCUUGUGUUACCUCUGGCUUCAAAGGCCAAUACGUAUAUGGAUCAGAGACUUUUGAUGCCGUGGGGGGUGCUGAUUUUGAUCGAUGUAGCGAUCUCAUUGUCAGCGCUCUCGAGAUAAAUCACACAUGUAACUAUCUCAAAUGCACUUUCAAGGGAAUCUGGAGCGGUGGCGGCGGUGCGGGUCAGAAAAAACUCUUUGUGGCCUCAUUCUUUUUCGAUCGAGCAUCUGAGAUUGGAAUCAUCAAAGAUCCACAGGUUUCAGAGGCAGUUGUUGAGCCCUCUCAGUUCAGAGACGCCGCCAGAUCGAUUUGUUCGACGAGUUACGAGGACAUGCCAAAGAAGUUCCCAGGCGUUCCAGAGCUUGCGCUGCCGUACAUAUGCAUGGAUGUCCUAUACCAAUAUGAUCUUCUCGUCAAAGGCUUCGGUAUUCCGGCCAACGAGAAGAUCACGCUCGUGAAGCGUGUCCAAUACAAAGGCUACGAAGUGGAAGCAGCCUGGCCUCUUGGUAGCGCGAUAGAGGUUGUAUCAGGACACAGCUCCUCGACUCAUUCUUUGCAACUCUAGGCUAAUUAUUUGAUGGAGAUUCGUGAAUUCUAGGAUAUGAAACGGCAUUUUAGCCGACGACAUGAAGAAAGUCGAUUUGAAUUGUAAUCA